UUUGCUCUUAUUGGUAAUACAUUAAAUUUUUAUUCAUUAUGUGUUAGUACUGACCGAUAUAGUCGAAAAAGUAUUCAUGUACUUAUAUGGAAUUUAAUUAUUGAAGGAACAAUAUGGACAUUAAUAUUUUAUACAGUUAAAAUGGUAUCCUAUGCUGAUUUAGGUGAACAUUUUGCUUUAAAUAAUGGUAAAUGGUUAAAUGAUUCAUGGUGUAAAUCUGAAAUGUAUAUAUUACGUAUAAUGGAUUUUCUUCUUGCUUAUACAAUUGUAUUUUUAUGUCUUGAUCGUUGUGUAAAAAGAAAAACAUGUUGUUAUGGUAUACGUCGUUUUAUAACUGGUAUUUGUAUAUUAAUAUCACUUUGGCUUGCUGUUUGUUAUGCAUUAAUACCAACAUUAUUUAUUGAUCAACAAUUAAAAUCAUUUAAUUAUGGUUCAUAUGAAUGUAUUUAUAAUGGAACACAAAUAAAUGAAUUAAAUUGGUUAGAUUUACGAAAUAUUCAAUUACCUAUAAAAACAAUUUAUUUACUUGAUUUUAUAUUUGGAAAUGCUUUACCAAUAUUUUUAAUGAUUUUAUUAUUAAUUAUACGAUUUUUUAUUUAUAGAAAAUCAACAACAAAUAAAUAUAAAACUAAUACAGAUAUAAAUCUUACUGAAUUAGAUUUAAAUACAUAUAAACAAUUUGAUUUGAAAAAUUAUGAUGAUGAACAUCCAAAUUUAACGAAAAUGGUUGUUUUAUAUGUAAUCGUCUUUAUAAUAUGUCAAUUACCAUAUUAUAUUUAUCGUCUAGUUCGUAUUUAUCAUCCAUCAAUUGAAUUAAAUUUAUUUUCAAUUAAUAUUUUAUAUGCAAUUGAUAUUCCUUUAAUUAUUCUUCGUUUAAUUAAUCGUGCUAUUAAUCCAUGGCUUUCAUUUUUUUUAAUGCGUUCAAUACGAGAUUCAUCUCGUCAAGCAUGUUCAUCAUUUUGGUGUUGUGGUUGUUUUCCUUGUUGUCCAAAUCGUUGGUCAUGUUUACAUGAUUGUUCAUUAUGUAUACGUAAUGAAUGGUAUGAUUUAACAGCUAGUCAACAAAUGAUACGAGAAAUUCGUCCAACAGGAAGUAUUAUGAAAAAAGAAUUUACUGAUUCAACUGGAAAACGUAUUCGACAAACAUAUGAAGAAUAUGUUAGAUAUUUUCAUCGACCACGUACACAUUUUAGUGAUGCUAAUCCAGCAUUAUUACUUGCCGGUAAAAAUAUACCUGCAGGAAAUGAAAAUUUAAGUUAUUUAUCUAGUAAUCAAAAACAACAACAUCCUCAAUUGAUGGAACCAAGUACUGAAUUAUAA